AUUAUGUUUAACUAUGUAUUAAAAGAUAAAUGUACUAAUACAAUUAUUUAACUAAACUUGUUUUUGUACACACAUAAUACAUUAUGAAAAUACAGUAUUGUGAGUUCAAAUUAAAAUACUGAAAUCAAGCGUAAUGAGAAAAUGUCAUUUGGUACGUAUUUUAUUGAGUAGCCUGGAUACAUUUCCAUCUCCCAGCCUGAAUUUUGUUCCAACUCCGCCUCUGACUGUAGGGUAUUGAGAUCAUUAUAAUUCGCGCACAGUUAAACUUGUAUCGCGGUCGCAUAGUAACGCAAAUACUCGUAUUAUACAAAACAAAGGUAGGUUACAAUUGUAUACAAUUUUAAAAUUAAAUGUAGGAUUAAAAUAUAAGUUUUUAACUUUUGGAUAAAUCUAAAACAAAUUUGUAAAAAUGACGAACGCCUCAGAGAUGCCGCUAUACCAGUUGGAAUUCGUGGUGAAAUCCAUCACGCAAUGCCAAUCGAAGGAGGACACCACGGCCGUGUGUAUCAGUUUUCUCGAUUUCCCCGAGCAAAUGGUGUGCGAAAUCCCUCCGAGCACGUGUGCAAGGCCGGAUGUGGAGGUUUCCCCAACGCUGAUUCACCAGGGCAAAACAUACACGUUCGCGAUGUGCACCGAAGGGUGCGGUCCGAGAACCCUACCGAUUACCGUCCGGCUGUACCGAAUGAUGGACAAAGAAACGGGCCGCGAGGAACUAGCAACCGGAAGACUGGACGUGAUACCGACUAGGUCAUCUAACCAGCGACGGCCGGCCAACGAUUUGUGUGGCAUCGAAGACGAUGACCUGACCGUGCCGAUGAUAAGUUGUGCGGACGGCCGGACCAUAGCAGUGAUGACGGUUCUAGUUCAGGCCUGGUGCGCCGGGUCAGUGACGGCAACACCGGUCCGAGCACACACGGUGCAAACAUCACCACCGAUAACAUCGGUGCCACUGGCCACUGGCGGUCAACCGGCAUCACAGCCGCAGCCCCAGACUCGCUGUAAGGCUGUAGACAACGGCUGUCAGAAGAAACAGCAGCCAGUGAUGGUGAAAAAGUGCUGUAAUCCACAGCCGCCGUCACCAUCGCCGCGAUUGAGCCGCCGGCAGUGCGAUCAAUGCUUACCGGCACGGCGGCCGACCGGUUGCGCGACGGAUGGCAUUCCCGUCGUUGCGAAUACCACCAGACAAGCUCAAUACACUUCGGUGGGCUGCGAGUUCGAUGGCCACAAGAUGGACAUGCUUGUCCGGAAGAAGAAUUAUGAGACGUGUGCCGUCCAACGGCACAUCACUACCGAGGCAGAGGCGUUUGCUUCCAGAGUAAUGACAGUGAUCAGGGAUAUGCACGGGCUUGUAUCGGAAUCUGUGGGUGCGAAAACUGACCAGUACGACACCUGUUGAACAACCGUGUCGAUUCAUCAUUAAUUUAUGUAGGUUUAGAUAUUUGAAUCGGACACUAAAAAUGUAUAAAAUAAUAAAACAUCAAUUUAACAUUUAAUAAAACAUUUUAAACGAUAAAUUGUCAAUUUCUGUGUAUAUUAGGUCUAAAAUCUAAAAUCUGAUAUAAAUAAAUUUGUAAAAAAACAUAUUAUAUUAAUUAUUAAGUACAAAAUAUAUUGGUUUAAAACGGGUUACCCAUGUUGAUAUUUUUAAGUUAUAUAAAAUACUGAAAUAUGCAUUUAUACAUUCUCAAAAUUGAAAAAAAUAAACAUCUUUGUAAAAUCAAUACAUUCUACACACAGAUAAAAAGACGGACAUACUUCACACAGUGGGUUAUUAUUUCUGAGCUAUUUAUGAACAUUUUAAUCCUACUCUGUGGAUAAAAUUGUUAGACUUAACAGAAAUGUUGGACAAUUUAACAGGAAGUUCAUUAUAAGUGUACAAAAAUGAUAAAAGACGUCCUAGGAUAAUAGGAACGGGUGCAGCAACUGUUAUAGGUAAUUUAAUGUAUACCUGUAAACAACAAUAAACCAUUGCUAACGAAAAACGAUUCUAAACAGAGUUCAGUUUAUAGUGAUGCUUUGUCAACAAUAUGUAUGUCAUAUUAUGGUAAAAUAAUUAAAUAGGCAUCAUAUAUUUUCUUUAAUAAUAUUUGUCUGAAUGUUACUGACUGGGUGGCUUCUUUCCUCACUCUCUCGUGUCAUUAUAAUAUAUCUGAACGCUUAUAUGCUUAUUGAAAAUAUCAUUACAGAUUGUAUAUAUACUAGUAAAUGCUUAAAAAGAAAUAAUAAUAAUAUUUGUUUAAUAUUGUACCGAUUUUCUUGGUUUU